GGCCUCGGGCCCCGGCGCCGCGCGGGCCAAGGAGACGGCGUUCGUGGAGGUGGUGCUGUUCGAGUCGAGCCCCAGCGGCGACUACACCACCUACACCACGGGCCUCACGGGCCGCUUCUCCCGGGCCGGGGCCACGCUCAGCGCCGAGGGAGAGAUCGUGCAGAUGCACCCGCUGGGACUCUGUAACAACAAUGAUGAAGAAGACUUGUAUGAAUACGGCUGGGUAGGGGUAGUGAAGCUGGAGCAGCCAGAGCUGGAUCCGAAGCCAUGUCUCACUGUCCUGGGCAAGGCCAAGCGAGCUGUGCAGCGCGGAGCAACUGCGGUCAUCUUUGACGUCUCCGAAAAUCCGGAUGCCAUCGAUCAGCUAAACCAGGGCUCGGAAGACCCGCUGAAGAGGCCGGUGGUGUACGUGAAAGGGGCCGACGCCGUCAAGCUGAUGAACAUUGUGAAUAAGCAGAAGGUGGCGCGAGCAAGGAUUCAGCAUCGACCGCCCCGGCAACCUACUGAGUACUUUGACAUGGGCAUUUUCCUGGCUUUCUUUGUGGUGGUCUCCUUGGUUUGCCUCUUCCUCCUUGUCAAAAUCAAGCUGAAGCAGAGACGCAGCCAGAAUUCCAUGAACAGACUGGCUGUGCAAGCCCUGGAGAAGAUGGAGACCAGGAAGUUCAAGUCAAAGAGUAAAGGCACGCGGGAAGGGAGCUGGGGGGCCCUGGACACCCUCAGCAGCAGCUCCACCUCUGAUUGCGCCAUCUGUUUGGAGAAGUACAUCGAUGGAGAGGAGCUCCGAGUGAUUCCUUGCACUCACCGCUUUCACAAGAGAUGCGUGGAUCCCUGGCUGCUUCAGCACCACACCUGUCCCCAUUGCCGUCAUAAUAUAAUAGAACAAAAGGGAAACCCGGGCCCUGGGUGUGCGGAGCCCAGUAACCCGGCGCGGAGCCGGCAGCCGAGGGUCAUCCUGCCAGUGCAUUAUCCGGGGCGAGUGCACAGGACCAGCCAGAUCCCUGCCUAUCCCAUGAGGACGAGCAUGGACUCCCAAGGAAACCCCAUCACGCUGCUCACCGUCGACCCCCACAGAGAGCAGAGCCUGUACGCGGGCCAGGCCCCGGCCUACCUCCCCGGCUACCCCCCGCUGCCCCUGGACCAUGCCCUGAACCCUCACCGUUGCAGCCUGGAGCACAGGCCUUAUGCACCCACCCACGCCUUCCGGAGGUCCAAGUUCAGCGGGCGCGGGCUCUCCCAGUACGAGACCGUGUACCAGCAUUACUACUUCCAGGGCCUCAGCUACCCAGAGCAGGAGGCCCAAGCCCCGCCUGGCCUGGCCCCUCAGGCUCCCUCCCGUGCCUUCCCACCCAGCAGCAGUUUGCUUUUCCCCACCGUGCUCCACGUGGGGCCAUCUUCCCACCUGGAGAGCGGCAGCACGUCCAGCUUCAGCUGCUACCACGGCCACCGCUCGGUGUGCAGCGGCUACCUGGCCGACUGCCCCGGCAGCGACAGCAGCAGCAGCAGCAGCAGCGGCUCCUCCGGCCAGUGCCGCUGCUCCUCCAGCGACUCCGUGGUGGACUGCACCGAGGUCAGCAACCAGGGCGUCUACGGGAGCUGCUCCACCUUCCGGAGCUCGCUCAGCAGCGACUACGACCCCUUCAUUUACCGCAGCCGCAGCCCCUGCCGGACCGCCGAGGGGGGCAGCCUGAGUCGGGGGCCGACGGUGCUCUUGGAAGGGCCCCCCCAGGAGGAGCUCCCGGCGCCCAGCCACGGCCUCCGUGGCGGAGACCAUCGGCCCGUCGCGGCCUCUCCCUCCGGGGACCAGCUGUCCAGCUGCAGCCUCGAGGUCAAUUAUAGCAGCCAUUCCUCUCUGGAACACAGGGAUGGGAGCAGCUCUACCUCAGAAGGGGGGCUCGAGGCUCCUCCGGGGGCCACGUGGGAUGUUCGGAGGGCCUGGAGGGGCCCGGAGGCCUCCGUGGCGGCCCCAGAUCCAUCGUGCAUGUGCUGCUUUGAGGCCCCGCGCCCGGCUCUGGAGUCUGGCGUGGGAGCCUCACGUCUGGGCCCAGACCGUUUGCGGAGGACAGACGGGGUCAGGUGCGGGGGCUUGCCCUGCUACUUCUAUGAAGAGAAGCAGGGGGCCCCUGGGGGUAGCGGCAGCAGCUGCUACACCGAGGACUACGCCGUGAGCGUCCGCUACACGCUCACCGAGGAGGCCCUGCCGAGCUGCUACACGGGGUCGCGGGAGCUGGGCCAGCGUAUCCCCAUCAUUCCUGAGGACGUGGACUGUGACCUGGUCCUGCCCGCAGACCUCCAAGGGACCCAACGCUACGGCUCCUGGGAUGAGCCCCCCGAGUCAGUCCCUCAGCUACACCGGGGCCCGGGAGAGGCCCAGGAAGAGAGGGACCCGGGCUUCCCGGCUAGCGCCUUCCAGCUUCCCCAUGAGGAGGAAACCAGGGCCUUCUUUCCUCGGGCCCCCCUGGACACUUCAGAGGUGGUCGCACCCACGGAAGCUGCGGGUAAGAGGCCGGGGGCGGGCUACAGGGACAAACGGUCCACCCAGAAAUGGCCCCGCUCGGUCAGACAGCCGGGAGGUGCUCGGGGCUUCCCGCCAGAGAAUGGGGGUGGGGGUUGGUCCAGAACCGCGGAGCAGCUUUAGGGGGGAGAGGCUUGGGGAUCACGUGGACCUCUGACCCCUCCCCUCCCCCUGGCAUCUGACGGAAGCGUGCCCUGCUGCGUCUGACGGCCGUGUUCUCUCUCCCAGGCCCGGGACCUCACCCUCACCCCCCACUGGACAGAAGUGGCAGAGUUAUCUGAGCUCCCGGAGACUCGGAGCUGGGAACAGCAGCUCGCUGGAGACUCCACAUUGUUUGACUUCCUUUCAAAAGAAAAAAGAUACAAAAAGACCGAACUUUUUUUAGCUUUGACAAACAGAAAAGUGGUAAUAUGGAGAGCCAGCCUUCCCCCUCACCCCAGAAUGUGAGCCACCAGUGUGGCAGCCCCACUUCCCGAAAAGCCGCCCCCUGCCAUGAUGACCAUGACCCACCCUGAUGCCCUGAGCCCUUUCCCUUUAUAAAAAAUGUUUAUUCUUGUACUCUCUCAUGUGUGCGCUUCGGGGUUCAGAGUGGGCUAGGACUGAGCUCUCUGCUUUUUAAAAAAUAUUCUAUGUAAAUGUAAAAAGUGUUAUUUAAAUAUAUAUUUUUUAAAAUCUUAAACUCACCAACUUUUGCUGAAAAGAAAGCUCACACACUACUGCAUUAAAAUGAACCACGUCUUGUGUAGAUACUGUUGUUGUCUCCCCCAGGGGAGUCAGGCCUUUGAUAUGCUCAGGGCUCUACCUGCCUUAGAAAACUAACCAGAAACUUGAAGUGAUUCCUUGAGGUGGCCCCAGCCUGCGCAGGGAUGCAAUGAAGCCUCUGUGCUUUUAGUUGCAAACCUGGAAACUUCACGGGAGGCCAAGCAUGGGGCCGCGGCCCCCCGAGCUCCCGGAGGGACUCGGAUCGUCCCUGCCGUUGACCGGAGCUUGCACACCUUUAGUCAGCAGCAAAUUAAGCCCAGGGACCUCCUCCCCCCCACCGUGAGGAACAUGGCAGGCUUCCACUCUCUGGGACACGGCGCAGCUUACUCUCCCUACAGACUUGGAGGGCGACCGCCGGGCCCCCAGUCCCAAGGAGGUGAUUGUUUGGGGGACAACCAGGAGAUUGGUUGCCUUGGAGACUGUACUGGGGUGUGGGAUGUGAGUCGUGCUUCCGGUUAAUCAGCAUGACCUCCCUUAGAGGUCCGCUCCGGGGAGGGGAGUUGGGCACCUGCAGCUGAGCCCAUCAUCUUUCUUUCCUGAGGUAGAUGUGGGUGACGGCUCCUAAGAGCAAAUCCCUCCCAGACCCUCUGUCUCGCUGGGCACCCGUGCCCCAGACCCAGCGGCUCUUGGCGGUGUGGGGACAGAGGGGCGCCCCUCUCCUGGCGCACGGGUUUCCCACGGAAGCAGCCGGUGCAGGGGCAGAGCGCAGCUAAAAUUGCCCAUUUACGGAGAAGUGGGCACUUCGCCCCUCGCUGUCACUAGCAUGGGAGAGCAGGUGAGGGUGACAGUUUGAGCCCCAGAGUGGAAGCGAGAGGGCUUUAGUUUUUGUAGUUUUUUAAUGAAAGGGGAAGAGAAAUCCCCGCACAGUUAUGGGAAGGUUUUUCACGAGAGAAUUCAUGUAAGGUAUUUCCAGUCCAGAAUUUGGAUCUUUUUUGGUCGUUGUCAAAUACGCCUUUCCUCCCGUCCUUCGUUUUUUGAAAAUUUUUAAAGAAAUAACGACAUUAACCCAGUGUUCACUAACUUUUCUAGUCACCUCUUUUAAAAUACAGUUUAUUUUAUUCAAAUGCUAUUUAUUGCCUUACUUUUAAGCUUGACCUGUGUGUUCUAAGCCAGUUAGCUGAAUGGGAACCAGUAAGAGUCAGCACAAAAGGACAUGGGGGAGGAGGAGUUUCUGCCCUCCCUGUGUCCAGAGGCAGUUCUAGGUCACGAAGUGGCUCUUACUAAGCUGGGAGGUGGUGGGGUGAAAUCAGCAGAAACGUCUCCAGUCGGGUGGGUAGGUAGGUAAUACUGCCACGGCCCCUUGGAAAUGCGGGCCGCAGCUGACGAUCUGUGGGUCAGGGGCUCGUAGCCAGUAUUUGAGAGCUUCCUGUAAUCCAGACCACCCCCCCUUACCUGUGGAAGUCUGGAAGUGAGCUUGGGAGGGGCCUAGCGAUCCACCCCUAAGUGCCUGUUGGGGGAGGGUGCAGGAGAAGCAGCUGCCGCUCCUGGGCACGUGCCAGGGGGAGGGAGGAGGCUGCAGGGAGUGCCCUGUGGGCCUAGUUCCUGGGCCCAGGGAGGCUUCUGGCGGCAGCUCUGAAGAGGCACUUCUCUGGCUGAAGAUGGGGUGUGGGCCCCAACCUCGGGCAUCUUCCAGAAGCCUGCCCCUCCCUCUUUUGGUUUGGGUUGAAGUCCACUCUCCAGUGGACCUAGUCAGAGGUCCACAUCUCCCAGGUGGUGAAAGAAGAUUCACCCUUCCCAAGUCUGGCCCUUAGGGCUUCUAUCAGAGUGUAAAGAGAUUGAUUGCUGCUUGAGAUCCCAGCAGUCCUCUACCACCUCCUCCCCACAGGGUAGAGGCGACCUGGAGCUCUUGGAGGUGGCCCCAGGAGAGAGUCAACUCUUGGCGGGUUCCCCGGGCUUCCGGUAAUCCCCAGAGCCCGACUGGGCCUCCUUUCUGAGAACCAGCCUCCAGAAGGCUGGGCUGGCACAGGGGCACUUGGCCCAAAGCAAUCACCACGGUUUGAGCACCUGCCCGGGCCGAGCCCCGCAAAGACAAGAACACGAUCGUCCCUGCCCUCAGAGAGCGGGGCCCUGGCAACCUUAUCUCUCUUCUACUCGAGGCUCAAGGAAAUCCAUGAGCUGUUUAGUCUUUGCUUAAUAAGGGAGCAGUAGCAGGAAAAAAAGGUGAAUGGUUUGGCAAGAUCUGGGGCUGGUGUUUUGGGUUUUGGUGUUUUUUGGCUAGCCCGAGAGGCCUCCGGAGGAGGAUGGCGUAACAUGUUCCACUCUGACUCCUCGUUCCCUCGGAGCUUCCAAGGGGCCCGUAGCCACCGGGAGCCCUUUUCAGGUGAAUCUCCUCGGUGUGUGGUGCUUGGAUGGAAAUGGGAUCCAGGGACGAUCACUUUUUCCACCGCGGCCCCAGACGUCAAGUUGCUCUUGGGAUGGGCGUGGGCCUGCCUCCCGCAGCCCCGGGCCCGGUGCCAGUACCGAGGUUUCCCUUGUGCGCGGGGGAGCCGACGGAGAACGAUUGUUUGAAUGUUUCCACGGACGAGGCGCGGCCUUGACGACGUGGCUUGGGGUCUUCCCCCGCUCGAUCCCCGUUCCGAGCCAUUGUCUAAAGCUAUUUUUCCACUCGACGGCCCUUUCCCUAUUUGCUGCUAGGCCCUGCUGAAACUUCAGGCAAAUGACUCGCAAAUCCUGGUGAUAGUUAUUUUUAAACAGUCCUGCCUUUUCUAUUCUUUCUAUCUAAGCCGUCUCCAUUGUGUUGGGCUAAUGAAGAACAAUUUUCGACGUUCUUAAAAUUUUCUCCCAGAGCACUUAAAAUGUUUUAUAAAAGACUUUGCUGUAAAGAUUUGUAAGAAUACUGCUCAAAGGGCUCUUUCUCCAACAUUACCAUUUUAAAAAUUGUUUUAAAGGCUAGAAAACAACUUGUGUAUAUUCUGUAUAUGUAUAGCAACACAUUUCAUUUAUGGAAAUAUGUUCUCAGAAUAUUUAUUUACUAAUAUAUUUAUCUUAAGCCAUGUCUUAUGUUGAGAGUGUGACAUUAUUGGAAUAAUCAUUGGAAAUCACUAACCCGAGGCCCUGUAAAUACAUGAUAAUUGCACCCAAAUUCUGCAUAUUCGCCGACCAAAAACAUGAUUUAAGUUGUAGUCUUCUACCGUUUUUGUAACAAAGUGUACAAAAGGCUGUAAAAAAAAAAAAUACAGUUUUAUCAAGUA